AUGCUUAACACGCUGGGCGUGAUUCAUAAGAAAAAUUAUACUGUGGAAACUGGUGGCAAUACAAAGGAGAUCAAAUUGAAAUUUGAACCGUUGAAGACCAUAGCCUACAAUCAUCGGUCAAAACUCGCAUUCGGACAAGUGACCGAGCCUACUCUUAAACCUCCAUUUUCGUUCACGACAGUGAAAGUGGUGAACAGUGAUUGUUUGCUUGUUUAUGAAGAUCUAGCAGCAGCCGGAAAUCGGCCAGUACUACUCAACAUGGCCAAUGCAACAACGCCUGGUGGUGGAUAUCGACAAGGAGCGGGAGCUCAAGAAGAGAAUCUAUUUCGACGAUCCAACUAUUGUCUGAGUCUUGACGCAGAACUCGAUGAUAGCAAGCAAGCCGAACGUUAUUGGUGCACAGCGAAUGGCGAAGAAAAAAUGUUGGCAGCUAAUCAGAGCAUGUAUCCGAUUGAAGAAUUCGGUGCAAUCUACACAUCAGGCAUUACUGUGUUUCGUAAUACGGAAGACACGGGAUAUGCCUACCUCGAGAAGCCUGUCUACGAUGUACAUGCUAUCGCUGUGGCCGCCUAUCAACAGCCGGAAUUGAAGCGGGAUGACAAAACUUUGCUCACAGGAAAAAAUGCCAUGGGCAUGCGAAAGAAAAUCGAAAAUCUCUUCGCCAUUACUCAUUCUCGUCAGCAUGAUUGUCUCGUUCUCUCGGCUCUCGGCUGUGGCGCAUUCAAGAAUCCACCUACUCAUGUGGCUUUCAUUUUCAAAUCAGUUAUCCAACAAUAUGCUGGCUAUUUCAAGACAAUUCAUUUUGCUAUUGUUGACGAUCACAAUGCGGGUAAUCAGCACAAUCCAGAUGGAAACUAUCUUCCAUUCAAGCGCAUACUUCAUGGACUUCAUGUGGAUGCAACGACUCGUGAAUUGGGUGUCGGUAUAGCCAGUGGCCCCUUUAGAAUUGCGGGUAAGGAUCGUGGAAAGAUGAUCAUAGAUGAAGUGUGCAUCUUCGGCUUGUCUCCAUGUCAAUAUGGAGCCGAAUGUCGCGAACUGGGCGACACGCAACAUUGUCAAUCAUACUCUCACCCGCCCUUGUGCCCUCAACAUGACACAUGUGAUCAAGUGCUCAAAGAUGAAAUGCAUCGGAGCCUCUUUAUUCACCGUACCAGAUGUCAACGUGGUGGCGAAUGUCCACUUACUAAAGACGAAAAGCAUAUUCGUCAAUAUGACCAUCCGGAUCUCAAUAAACAUGUCAACUUUGUACGGAAUCAAUAUAAAAUGAUAAAAACAGUUCGCGCCUAUGUCGAAGCUGAGAAAUGGAAAGACUCGAAGAUUGCCAUUCCGCAAAAGCUCAUCGAAUGGAUUCGUGCAUUACAGCCUAUUCAUCGAUGCAGCAAGGUCAUUUUCGAAUCGAUUCUCGUUCAUGGCCAUGCCAUGAGUCGAGAUUAUAUGAAUCUAUUACGUGAAGCACAAUUUGUGGCUAAUGCUGUCGAACAGCAUAAUCAAGUCCGACGAAUAUUCGAUCAUCACAACAAUCAAGCUUUGCAAAAUCAUGGUCGAGAUUUUAUUCGAGCGUUGGUGGCUGUCGAAUUCGACAAGGUUGCUCCCAAAAGUUCCGCAGUAUUCCCACCAGUUCAUGGUAUUGUCCCCCCACAUAUGGCUAAUGCUGUUCGUCAUUCGUCAACCCAUGAUCAACAGAUAUAUAUUGUCAAUGUGAAAGAAACACAAUUAAAAUUAUUUCUCAAAGCAGAUGAAAUUGCAACUAUUCGAGCACAUGCCACAGCAAUUACUCAAGCCUCUCUCCGGCUUCAUUCGAAUCCGAUGGGUAUUGGGCACGGACCCGAUGAGAUACUGGGCACUAACAAACAUGUUUUUAGUAUUUUGGGUCCACAUUUGGGACAUUAUUAUGGUGAUGUUUUUAUCGUUUUCAAACGUGAGCUCAUCUGUCAUCCGGACACUAACUUUUCGAUUCAAGCAGCAACCACAUUUGGUGCCAGUACCAAUGCAUAUAAAAUGAGACCAUGGCUGAAAGAUCCGGGCUCAGAUAAAGAUCGAAUUCAGCAAUUUAAUUGGAAUAAAUUGCAUUGUUCUGUGUCAGGCUACGAAGAGGCGGCUGCGAUUGAACUCAUGGCAUUGACCGGCCAAAAGAAAAAGACGAUGAAUGUUGAUCUCAACGAAAUUCAACAGCGAUGGUUGAAUAUCGACUCUCAUCAAGUGUUCGAAAUGCAUUUACCGCAACUGAUACCUUUGGACUACAUCGAUCAUAUUUACAUGCCUACAACUGUGUUUUAUUCGUUGACACCAUCUGCGCAACAACUAGCCAAAGGAAUUUUCGGUGAUCAUCUCAUCAUUACACCUCACAAAGUUGAUCUUAACGCUCUGAAUCAACUGGAUCCGACUCGUGUCCCUUAUCAAGCAUAUGUGAUCGACGAAAUCAUGAAGAAGUUUGCUAACAGUAAUUUAUAUUCGCCUCAAGGUACUCUUAUCACGUUGCCUGCUAGCAAGUUUGAACAGCAAGUUGCCAUACCCAUGACCAUCUCACAAUCGUACCGUCAACAUCAAAAGCAACACGGUCAAAGUGACACCACCUUUAUUUACUGGAAAGCCAUGGGUGGUGACAUGAUGUUGACUGUAUCCAAUGAAUUUAUCGACCUCGCUGCCGAGCAAACGGGGCUACAAUGUCUCACGUGUUAUAUUGCCAACACCCCUAUCAAUUACACUGACGUUACCGAUCAUGAAUCCUAUUCGUACAUUAGUAAUUAUCGUCCAUAUCAUCACGAUAUGAUCAUGCAAGAUCGUCAACGUAUGAAAGCUAUGUCGAAUUCGUUCCACCGUGGUUGUAACACUGAUGACUACAUUACUUACUGUCUUGUUAUCACAUUCAAAACUAGAGAAGUCAUAUUGACACAUGCUGGACCAAACAGCAUUUAUAAUCAUCAGACAAUUGCCUGUACAUUUCAGCAAUCUGAACUUAAUUUGGACAAACUCGAUUAUAUUCAUAUCAGUGGAGGCGCUCGCAUAGUGCCAGUGCAAAACUUGGUCAUUAGCCAUCAACCUAUUCCAGAAUAUCAUCCAUCUUUCGAUAAAGAAUUUAAAGAAGAUAGUAAAGCAGUACCAUCAAAAUCAAAACAUGCUCCCGUCGUUGCUCUGAAUUCCGUGCCAGACAAUGAACAAUCGCCAUCAAAAUCACUCUGGAAUCAGGUAAAAGGCAAGUUCUUCGGCAGUGAGCCACCAUCGCGAAAGCCAUGCACCAAUUCUGUCAACUGCCUAUUACAAUACUCAGACUCCAAAGAGCACAAUGAAAAAUACUCUCAUCCUUGUCGCUUUUCAGAAUUAUGUCGAAGUAUUCCUGAUCAUCCCCAUCUUGAACAUAUUCCACAUUCGGUACCCAUAUGCCAGUAUAACAAAACAUGUCGCGAACGCGGAAAUCCGAUUCAUCGCGCUCAGUACCGUCAUUCAGAUUUGCCCGAUUAUCUUGUUCCAUGUCGAUAUCAGCAAGGCUGCAGUGGUAAAACCGAUCAUGAACAUCGAGUCAAGUAUUCUCAUGGAGAACAAGUGCCACUACCAUCGUCGACAGGUACGAGAAGAAAUACUUUAUAUUUGAAUCAGAAUGAAAGAUAG